AUGGCGCCCCCGCAAGCCGCCCUCGACUUUGUCGACUUUGUCAAUGCCUCUCCCACCCCCUACCACGCCGUCAAAUCCGCCGCUGCCCUCUUCGAAAAGGCCGGCUUCACCCUGAUCAAGGAGCGCGACUCUUGGGCAUCAACCCUCCGGCCCGGCGGCAAAUACUACCUUACCCGCAACGGCUCGUCCAUCGUCGCCUUUACCAUCGGCCGCAAGUGGCGCCCUGGCAACCCCGUCGCCAUUGUCGGUGCUCACACAGACUCGCCCUGCCUCAGGGUUAAGCCCGUGUCCAAAAAGACCAAUGUCGGAUACAUCCAAGUCGGCGUUGAGAAAUAUGGCGGAGGCAUUUGGCACUCUUGGUUCGACCGCGACCUGAGUCUCGCUGGUCGCGUUCUGGUGCGUGAAGGCGACAACUUUGUUCAAAAGCUGGUCAAGGUUGAGAAACCCAUCCUGCGCAUCCCGACGCUGGCCAUCCACCUGCACCGCCAGACCAACUUUGACCCCAACCUCGAAGUCGAAAUGCUCCCGAUUGCGAGCCUGGCUGCCGCCGAACUGAACAAGGGCAAACCCACCGAGUCCAAGCUCGAAGAGCCCAAGGACGAGACCAUGCAUGAUGGCGAGGACGAGGACUUCCAUCCCCUCGAGAAGAUGACGGUGCGCCACCACCCAGCCAUGCUUGAUGUAGUGGCUAGUGAGGCCGGCGUCGACGUUGCCUCCAUUGUCGACUUCGAGCUGGUCCUGUACGACACGCAAAAGUCCGUCAUCGGCGGCAUCAACGACGAGUUCAUCUUCUCACCGCGCCUCGACAACCUGGGUAUGACGUACUGCUCCGUGGAGGGUCUCAUCUCCUCCGUCAGCGCCUCAGAUGCCCUUGACGAUGACUCGACGAUCCGCAUGACCGUCUGCUUUGACCACGAGGAGAUUGGCUCUGAAUCAGCACAGGGCGCUCACUCAAACCUCCUCCCAGCGGUUCUUCGCCGCCUCUCGUCUCUCUCUCUCCCGACUGACGCCGCCAGCGACGGGAGCUACGAGCACGUCCACCACGAAAGUGACAACCCCACGGCCUUUGAGCAGACGCUGUCCCGCUCCUUCCUCAUCUCUGCGGACAUGGCUCAUGCUGUUCAUCCCAACUAUGUUGGCAAAUAUGAGUCAAGCCACCAGCCGGCUAUCAACGGCGGAACCGUCAUCAAGGUCAACGCAAACCAACGCUAUGCCACCAACUCUCCCGGCAUUGUCCUGUUUCAAGAAUGUGCCCGCAAGGCCAACACGCGCAUACAGAUUUUCGUAGUAAAAAACGAUUCGCCGUGCGGAUCGACUAUAGGUCCGGGCCUGGCUGCGAAGUUGGGAAUUCGCACACUGGACCUCGGCAAUCCUCAGCUGUCGAUGCACUCAAUUCGCGAAACGGGAGGCACGGAGGACGUGGGCAACGCCAUCAAGCUCUUUGCACAGUUCUUUAGGAGUUAUGGCGAGAUUGAGCCGAGAAUUCUGGUAGACUGA